CGCCGCUCCCCGCCCGCUGUGCUGUCCCCGGGCGCCCGACGAGCGCGGGUAGUGCCCGGGCAGGAUGAAGGGGUACCUGGACCAGCAGGUGCCAUUCACGUUCCCGCAGCCCCCGGGCCAGGCGGUGUCCGGCGGCGGAGCCGUGCAGGGCGCUGGGAAGAUUCCCGGUGAGCCGGGCGUGCCGCCGGCGCAGGACUCGGAAGAGCUGUUCCAGGACUUGAGCCAGCUCCAGGAGACCUGGCUGACCGAAGCUCAGGUUCCAGACAGUGAUGAGCAGUUUGUGCCUGACUUUCAUUCAGAAAACUUAGCUUUUCACAGCCCUCCUGCUCAGAUCAAAAAGGAGCCGCAGAGCCCCUCGGAAGCCCCCCUGUCCUGCAGCCACGAGCAGCCCUUCCAGCCCCACAGUGAGCAGUGCCUUUACACCAGUGCCUAUGAUCAACCCAGACGAGUCGGAAUCAAGUCCCCCAGCCCAGGAAUCCUGACACAGUCACCACUCCAACAGUUCCCUAGACAGGACAGGAGCUUCCCGAGCCCUGUGGGGCCACCCCACUCCACAUCCAGCUGUGGAUACCUCAGUGAAAACGGCUCUGGUUAUCAGCCCCCCGUGGAGAUGUGCCAUUCUUUCCCCUCCUCCCAAGGCGUGGCCCAGGAAGACCCCAUUGCCUACCAGUGCCAGAUGCCCAAGCCCUGCCUCCAGUACCCUCAUCAGGGCUUCAAACAGGAGCACCAUGACCCACGAUAUGAGCAAGAAAGCCAGGCAGGCAGCAGCCACCAGUACCCAGCAGCUGUGGUGGUGAAGCAGGAGCAGGUGGACUACAUGUAUGACUCAGAUGUUCCUGACUGUGCUUCCAUGUACGUAAAUGCUGAGAGUUAUCCAAGCCAUUCAAACACAGAAGACACAUUAGGCUGCAGCUACGACAAGCAGAUGAGGUCCUUUACUGAUGAUGUCUGUGUUGUUCCAGAAAAAUUUGAAGCAGGGGACAUCAAGCAGGAAGCUGGAGGGUACCGGGAAGGACCUCCCUACCAAAGACGGGGAUCUCUCCAGCUCUGGCAAUUCCUUGUGGCUCUAUUGGAUGACCCAACCAAUUCCCACUUCAUUGCCUGGACUGGUAGAGGGAUGGAGUUCAAGCUCAUUGAGCCAGAAGAGGUGGCCAGGCUGUGGGGGAUCCAAAAGAACCGUCCAGCCAUGAACUAUGACAAGCUGAGCAGAUCCCUUCGCUACUAUUAUGAAAAAGGCAUCAUGCAGAAGGUGGCUGGGGAGCGCUACGUGUACAAGUUUGUGUGUGAGCCUGAGGCCUUGUUCUCUCUGGCCUUCCCCGACAACCAGCGGCCAACGCUGAAGGCAGAGUUCGAGCGGCAGAUCAGCGAGGAGGACACGGUGCCUCUUUCCCACCUGGAUGAAAAUGCCACUUACCUGCCAGACUUUGGGAGCCUCCCUCCCCAGCUCUACAGCAAAGGCUACACCUACUAGCACUGGUGACAGCACAGUGCUGUGUAUAUACCUUCUAUACAUGGCUGUGUAUAGGAGAUAGCUGGUUAGUGUUCAAUUGGUAUCAGCAUUUUUUCAGGCCAGCACUAAGCUAUGAACACCUGUGUUGGUCAGGACAAGUGUUCGGGUACACAUGUGGAUAACCACCUCUCAGCAGACAGGGCUCUUGUGUGCUUGUGAGAAGACCCCUCCUGUGUGUCAGGACAGGACAUGUUCUUAGCCAUGCAGACGUCUUCCAAGCAGUGGAGCUACAGCUUCAGCAGCACGUCGGGUAACUGGUGCCUCCAGCCAGAUCAAACCCGCCUGGUGCAGUCCCUCUCGUUGGAGAGGGAGGGGAUGCUGUCCCACUGGGCUUUUUUUCCACAUAUGAGAAUACUACAAGGCUGCUGCUGACUCUAUUCCUCCAGUACAUGUACUGAACCUCUGUGUGACCUGCCCUCAGCUCUGACCACAGGGACUCACCUCUGAAAGGUCAGUCUUGCCUUCUCAGGAUGGCUGCAGGACAGUGGUCAGAGAUCUUAUGCCUCCCUGGGGGAAUACUUGUUUUGAAUGUGCAUGCUCCUGCCUGAUCACCUCCUUGCUCAUUCUAGGACUUUCAGGCACAAGGGUAGCUGGAAGCACUGGCCAGGAUUAGAGCAGUCCUGGAGCAGAUGACACACCACCAUUUAGGGGAACUAGAGAGGUGCCUGAUUGCACUGGUUUGGGACACAGGUCAAAGCCAAUGCCAUGUUCAGUUAGAGGGACUGGGGGAAGCAGCAAGGCCUGACACACCAGCUCAGCACAGAGUUAUGGCUUUUCCAAACUGAACAACUUCUUCAACAAACAUCCUCAGGAUCUUUGAAGACCUGUCAGGCUCUUGAGUGUGCCCAUCCUGGGCUUGGCUAGAAAAGUCAUCUAAGGCAAGAAAAGAACCUGGUGGAGGUGUGAUAAAAAUGCUGUACAAAGUAACCUAAACCAUACAUAGUUCUUAAUAUUGGAAUUCAGUCUUAAACUCCACAAAUCUUUGCAUGUUUGAGGGAAAUCCUGAUAUGUUGAAAAGGCAGCUCCCUCUGCAGCCCCAUGCAGGGACUGACAGGUUUUCCACAAUAGUGAACAUUUAUAAUGAGUACCACAUCCUUAUUAAGAGAUGUCUUUAAUUAGCAGCUCCAACCACGUUCCCAGUUAGACAAGGAGCAGUACAGUGUACCCAUACAGAAAAAGCCUGUUUCCUACUGCUUCAUAAUGAUUUUUCAGCUGCUGAAUACACAGCAUUGCCAAUCCUGCCAGCAUGGUAGCCUGUAGAGAAAAUUCUGCAUAUUGACUGAAAGCCUGAUUUCUCCCAAUGACCUUCCCCUGCAUGGCUAAUGCCAACCCUCCCAGCCUUGUCCCCGAGCAAGAGAGCCAUGAAAGGCAGCAUUCCCUGCCUGAGGAGAGGCCAGAUGCUCAGAGCAGCCUGUUCUGUGUUCUGUGCACUCCAGAGACUUGGUGUUCUGGCAGCUCCUGGCCCUCCUGCCAUGCCCUGUGCCCACCCAGCAUCCCAGAAGUGAGGGUGAAGAGGAACCCUUGGAUAUAAGCUGCCUUUACUAUUUAUGAGUGUAAAAAUACUAUAAUUAAUAAAUCGGUCUACAUCUUU